AUUUACAGACGCUCAAGAUGGCUCCUUAUCUCCCAGAGCCCCCAUCGUCACUUUCGGGGAUACAUAUUGAUGCUUCAACCAGCAACUCUGGCAGUCAGCCAAGCGGGGUCGCAGGAUUUCUCUCAGCGCAAUGGACCACCCCUGGCGACAUUCUCUCAGUGCUGUUACUCCUCGGCCCGGACAUUGUUCAAAGGGCUGUCGCCCAGCUCGCGGGGCGUUCUGUGACUCCCGUAGCGUUUUCAUUUGGAUGGGUAGCAUACGCGGCUUGUGCUCUGAUUAGCACCUUUGGAGAUGGCCGCCUCAUGCCCGACACCGACAUGGCAAAUACAAACGUCAUCGACGCUGCCAGCGGACAUAUCAGGACAACAAGCAACUGGGUGCUUGGGCGCUUGCUGCGCGACGAAGACGACCGCGUCGACGAGGACAUGAAGCAUGAACAGAACCAUGUCCCUCCUACGGCAGUUCCUACCACAGUACCAACGGCGGCCAAAGGCGCCUCUGAAGAGCCGUUGACCUCUGUUGUAGAGAAACCCGGCAGCAGACGCCCAGAGUGGGAGGCGUUGCGCGCCACCAUCUACGAGGUCGACAAGGAACCGCCGUGCCCGCAUGGCGUUCCGACAGUGGACUUGGUGUGGUGGUCUGGGGUGGUCGUCAUUGUCGUCGAGCUGGUCGUCUCCAUCAUCCCUUGGAUUCUGUACAAGGACUGGGGCCCUUUUCUCAUUGCUGCAGCAGGCAAUACACUCGCUCUGGUCAGCGCCUCAUUGCCACAGUGGCGGGCCGAGAAGUGGUCAUGCCCAAGGAACGGCGGUGCUACGGUCACCAUCACUCAGGGCAAUGGCAGUCGGCACGCCAUCGUCAUCCUUGGCCAGAGGGGGGAGGGCAUGGGGCUAGAUCUGGAAAUUCUGGCGCGCGGGACUCGCACGGCAGCUUCUUCACUUGCUACCAAGAUCAUGUCUGUCCUCCUAGCGUUUCUAUGGGUUGUCCUGCUCAUCAACGUUUCUGGACUCAAGGAAAACACAUGGUUCCUCCUUUGUAUAGGUGCACUCGGCAGUACACAGAAUCUCUAUGCUGCUGGAGUAUCACGCAAGCCUAGUGCCCUCGGCAUUCACCUCAAACAUUUGGAGACCAUCUCAGACAAGCGAGUCGCAACCGUGCUUAGGCAGGUGGAAGAAAAGUACCCCAUGGUAGGUGCGUCACUCGUUCCCGUCUUCUUUCCAGGAUCAUUACGCGCAAAGGGCGAUGAUUUGGAGUUUUGGCGAAGUGCAAUGUCCAAAAGAAUGGCGCCCAAUAGGUUUGGUACGCGGGUUGAUGAGUUUCUUGGUGUCGGGGAGAUUCAAGCUGAAUGACGCUUCAUAACUGGGAUAAUGGCCCUCAAGAGAUAGCUUGAGCUCGGAGAUUCAUGACCAAUGUCUUAAACGAUGUCAGAUUAAUCCUCUAUACAUGUAUAUCUACUGAAAAUGUAGGUACUAAUCACAAAUAGCCCUGUGAGGGAUCACAGAUUAUAUGUACUUAGCGCAGGGUUCGUCGGCUCCAAAACAAGACCCAUGUGGAUCUAAAAAAAGAGUUUCAAGAUGUAAUAAAAGGGGAAACUACCUAUUUACUUUUA